GGGCUUAAGUGGGCUUAGUUCGUUCAUAACUUUAUGGUAUAUCGAUAAAUCGUGCUCACAUAACCUGCUCCGGCCACCACAAAUUUUUGUCAAAAAAACACAAAUAUAAUCAAAAUGCAGAUCACACGUCUCGCCCUGCGCCAAGUCACACGCCACAUUCGACUCCAGCGUAUGUACAGCUCAGCGGCUCCGGCAGCGGCUGUUUCGGGAGCUGAAAAACUGGUGCCGCCGGCUCCAGAGGGGGCUGCUAAGCCACCCAAUCCCAAGUUGGACAGCAUUGUCAACAACAUUGCUGCUCUCAAUCUGCUGGAGGUCUCCGAGCUGAGCACCCUGUUGAAACAGAAACUGAACCUGCCAGAGACUGCCUUUGCCCCACAGUUCGCGGCGGGACCGGCACGUGCAGCCGCCGAGGACGAGGAAGAAGCGGCGCCUAAGAAGGUCCAGACAUCCUUCACCGUGAAGCUGGUCAAGUUUGAUGACAAGCAGAAGGUGGCGCUCAUUAAGGAGGUGAAAAAUCUGCUAGAGGGCAUGAACCUGGUGCAGGCCAAGAAGUUUGUGGAAAGCGCUCCCACCGUUGUGAAGCAGGACAUACCAAAGGAAGAGGCCGAGAAGCUCAAGGAGGCUCUGUCCAAGGCUGGGGCCAUUGUUGAAAUUGAAUAGUCCGGCGGGCAUUUGCUUUUUCUAUUGUGCGUUUAGCUGCUAGUUAUUGUUUUAUUAAAAGCCAGGCAAGGCAACAUUUGCUGUAAACUUAA